AUGAGGAAAUUUGUCAUGCUUCGUGUAAGGACAGCUUGACCCGUCCUGCAGCAGGUGUGUGGCCCACUGUGGAGUCAGGCGCAAUGAGCUGUUCUGCUUUGCUUUUUCUGGGCCGCGGGGACCUACAGAGAGUGCUGUUCCCGCUUUGCUGCUCCCACUCACUCCGCACUCUAAGUUCUGGCCCCCGCAUUAGCAGCAGUCUCAGAGAAAGCUACCGCCUACUACAGCUGCCUGAGGAUGGGAGCAGUAGCCAAGCUGAGGUAAAAGAGGCCUACCUGCACAUGGCUAAACUGUAUCACCCUGACUCUGGAGCUCCAACAGCUGAUGCACAGCUCUUCUCUUGCAUAGAGGAGGCUUAUAGGGCUGUUCUGGCCCACCUGGCCAGACAGAAGUCUGCUUCUCAGUAUACCCAGGCACAAGAAGAAGAUGAGGAGGAAGACAAGCUUAAAAGUCAUGCCCCUCAGCACAGGCACUACCUCAGCUUUGAAGGGGUGGGGUCCGGCACGCCCAGUCAGCGCGAACGCCAGUACCGGCAGUUCCGCAUAGAUCGAGCAACGGAUCAGGUCCUGGAAUACCGACGCAAAGAGAUGGAAAAGGCAGCAGCAGAAGAGGGAGCCAUGGUGGUCCGAGAUGCACGAUUACGCAGCAAGCAGAUCAAGAUCACACAGGCGGUGGAGCGGCUGGUCGAAGACCUCAUUCAGGAGUCCAUGGCUCGUGGAGACUUCCGGAACCUGAGCGGCACCGGCAAGCCGCUCCGAAAGUUUGACCACAAUCCCUACACCGACCCCAUGACGCACAACCUCAACCGUAUCCUCAUUGACAACGGCUAUAAGCCUGAGUGGAUUGUGGCACAGAAAGAUAUCAGAGAGACGAUUGGAAAAAUGCGGGCAGAAUUGCUGGAGGUCAGGGCCAGACUGGGUGACCCUCUGAAACACUCUGAACACGUCCAGUGGAACGAGCACUGCAGUGCCUUUGCCACAGAACUGGUUAAACUGAACAAAAAAGUGGACGAUUUCAACUUGAUUGUCCCUCUGCUCAGUCGACAAAUGGUUCACUUUAGCUUGAAAAGGGAGCUAGAACGAGUCCUGAAAGCUGACCAGGAAAAGAGACAGGAGAGAAGGAGAGAGAGGGAACAGAGAGAGGAGAGAGAAAAAGCAGCGGCACCUCAACAUACCAAACAGGGACUCAUAGCAUGGAUGCAGAAUCUGCUUAAAUGAAUGAGCAUUUAAUAGAGUGAUAAUCCAUUUAAUCACUGUAUGUGUUCAUAACACCAG